AUGGAAGCUUUACCAGACGGGGGAGGCGGGCUGACCCAGGGGGCUUUGCGAGCGGCUGCGGUUUCGAAACAGCACGCAGCCGCGCUUGGGGGCCUUGUCGCGGGUGACGCACCGCUGUCCCCUGACGUUGGAAUGGAAUCAGUGGCCAGUUCCUUCCAGGUGCACGACGGGGGCAAAAGUUCCGAGAAAAGCGAACCCGGAGCAGACACAGUGGGCUCGCGAGCGACAAGUCCCUCGCAGGCCGACUCGGACUCGUUGGGCGGCGGCGCGGAACCUGCCACCAUCUUUCGCAACUUGCCCGUGAACCACGCUACUUUAAAGAUGCUACAAGAGGACGUGUCGCAGCUAUCAGAGGAAGAGGCGAACAUGCACGUGACGAUAUGGAAUCGUGCCGAGUUGCGUAAAAUCGCUGGGAAUGCGGCUCCGCUGCGGCGGAACCUGCGCAAGUAUCUGAGCAGGCACCCCGAGUGCGAGGUAUUCGAUGGACAGGAUGAGCGUCUUGACCCCGAAGUCCGCGCGUCCAUGGUCGACAAUGAACACGUGCCCAUCUGGCAUCGAAUAGAGCGCCGCAAAGUCACUGGGAAUGCCGCACCGCUGCGGAAAAAUCUCGCCAAGUACCUUGCGAAACACCCAGAGUGCGAGGUUUACAAUGGUCAAGACAGAGUUCUGGCGGCCGUCUCGACCGACGCCGACACUACUCAGGUUGGUGCCCAUUCGAGCGCUCUGGGUAUCAUGGGAGACCGGCUGAUGGGGCGACCCGUGCUUGGGGCUGUUGGAACAGGCCCCCAUUCGGAGUCUGCUUUUUCGACCUCGACCAGUGCCGAUUUUUCGAACAUGAACAUGCGACCACGAGCCGGUGAUGCACCUGCAGGAGGCGCCCGCACCAUGCGGUCGAGCCAACCGAUGCCCGUCGGUACCUCGGGAAUGCACACGAAUCCGGAUAGUCGACACAUUCUGGUGGCAAAUCCUGUGCGUGGCGAUACACGCGCGCUUUCCGGUCUUGGAACUGUAUUCGAGGGUGGAGCGGAUCACGUUUCGGUGCAUUUUUCUUACAUGCACCGUGAUUCGAGCCCCAUUGAGACCGCCGAGAUGUCAUUUCACCAGGGCCUGCCCCAAAGCCUCGCCCAGAUGACCGCAGGUUCAUCUCCAUUGUACUUUAAUCCGUACGGCUCUCCAGCAGCAGACACGAACAAUGCUGGCUCGAUCGGCCACUACCACAACACCAUGGCAAUGGUUGCUGCAGCGAAUGGUCAGACGUCUGCCCACAUCCAAGGCGUGAUGGCGAUGCAUCCGACCGGUGCUUCGUCGCCACCGAGCGGUAUGUCGUACGAACAAACCAUGCCGUGGACGACGCAUCCGAUGCACUCGUUCGGCACGAAUACGGGUUGGCUCGGAGGAGGCAACCAUUCAGGAUUCCCCACCGGAACAUCCAGCCUGCUCGGGUCGAGUCCGCGCGAUUAUCUCUAUACUGGACGCACACCAGAGUACUGGAAAAGCAUCUCAACCUCCGCGAAUGCUGCGGCAGCGUACUUUGUCAUGCCCCAGCCAUUGGAUUCGGAUCCACCAAUGUCUGAGGAUGAGCGCAAGGACGUGACUUACCGAGGUACCCGCCUCGCCGAGGCGCCCGCUUCGGCCCUGGUCCCCAUGGAUGCGCUCGAGCAGUGCUCCACAGAUAUGUCCUGCACAGCGGGCCGCGGGCCGGCGCUAAGAGGUGAACAUGCGGGCGAGGCGCAUCGCACGGCAGCCGGUGGCAUCACUGGCGAGUCUGCGUUGCAUUCGCAACGCGCUAUGCCGCAUAUCGACGACACGAGCCGCAGCAGCGCGUCUGCACUCGACGCCUCGACGAGCAGAUUCGGCACAGGAGCAGCUGGCACAGGAGCAGGGGCAGCUGGCGCUAGCGCAGCCCUCUUGCCCAUGGCGGAUGCGUCCGAAUUUGAACUCUCUCCGGGAAAUCUGUUGAUGCUUAGUUCCUCGCCUUCAGAUGGCGCACGGCUGGAAACAAAACCCACCACUUCACGUUCCAAGGCCCAGUGGAAGGCACCGAGCGGCGGCCUGAGCAGCGCUGGCAGUGCGCGCACCACGGCUGCUUCUGCUGACACCGGGGCGCCCGUUCCGGGUGUCUCGGCGAUGAUACCUCCUCGACCGCGUCAUCCCGCGAAUCGAUAA